UCUCCCGGGAAAAGACACAUCUGUGCUGCCGCCAUGUUGGACCGGGGCGAACUGCUGGGAGGAGGUCUUGGCUUGUGAUGUGUUUAUUUCCUUUACCGUUUGAAGAUAUUUUUUCUCACUUUUUUCUUUUAAAAAAAACGCUGCUUCAGUUAAGUGGCCCUGGGCUCCCCGCAAGUAUUGCCUUCCUGCCAGAAUUCAUUGAGGUAAAGAGGGAGAGCUCUCCUAUUGAAGAUGAAGUUUUCAACUUGGAAAAUGUGACAAGAGAAAUGGAUGACUGCAAAAUUCAACACUGGUCUUGGUCAUGAAUAAAAAUUUAAACAUUGGAAGGAGCGGAAGAGGUGAAUGUCGAUGCCCUGAAUAGGUAACAUCAUCUCCAAAAUAUGCCUGUCGUAACUGGUAUAGACCUAGAUGCGAAUGGCUACAUCAUAUGUUGCUGCACCAACAGAAGAUUCUGUCUAAAUAAUUUCUUGCCACUGAGCGAGAAACUUUGGGUACAUUUCAAACUCUGCUGCAAGUGUAGAGUCUCUGCAUUGGCAUGAAUCGUUACACCACUAUGAAACAACUUGGGGAUGGAACAUAUGGCUCCGUUCUCAUGGGAAGAAGUAUAGAUUCUGGAGAGCUAGUUGCCAUUAAAAAAAUGAAGAGAAAGUUUUAUUCUUGGGACGAAUGCAUGAAUCUCAGAGAAGUCAAGUCACUGAAGAAAUUAAACCAUGCGAACGUAAUCAAGCUGAAAGAAGUUGUAAGGGAAAAUGAUCAUCUCUAUUUUGUGUUUGAAUAUAUGAAGGAAAAUCUCUACCAGCUGAUGAAAGACAGAAACCGACUGUUUCCUGAAUCGUCCAUUAGGAAUAUCAUGUACCAGAUACUUCAAGGAUUAGCUUUUAUCCACAAGCAUGGAUUUUUUCAUCGUGACAUGAAACCAGAAAAUCUGCUUUGUAUGGGACCGGAACUUGUAAAAAUAGCUGAUUUUGGUCUAGCUCGUGAAAUUCGAUCUCGUCCACCCUACACUGAUUAUGUGUCUACAAGAUGGUACAGAGCACCUGAAGUUCUUCUGCGAUCAACAAAUUAUAGCUCUCCUAUUGACAUGUGGGCUGUUGGUUGUAUUAUGGCAGAACUCUACACAUUAAGACCUCUUUUUCCUGGCUCUAGUGAAAUAGAUGAGAUUUUCAAAAUUUGCCAAGUCUUAGGGACACCUAAAAAGAAUAAUUGGUCAGAAGGCUAUCAGCUUGCAGCAGCCAUGAACUUCCGUUGGCCUCAGUGUGUCCCCAAUAAUCUCAAGACUCUGAUUCCCAAUGCAAGUAGUGAAGCUAUUCAACUCAUGAGGGAUAUGCUCCAGUGGGACCCAAAGAAGCGACCUACUCCAAGCCAGGCACUGCGGUAUCCCUAUUUUCAUGUUGGCCAAGUUCUGGGAACUCCUCAGCAAGUGCAAGAACAAGGAAAGCAGCAAAGAGAAAUGCAAUGUAAACAUCCAGUUCAUCCGAUGAAGCCUGUACCUCCGCUUCAGCCCCCACCUCUGCAUUAUCCUCAUCCACCUUCAAGACCAUUUCAACAAAUUACACCUUCUCAACACCAAAUGUGUGCGCGGCAAACAGAUCUAGCACCUGGUUCACUUGAAAGAGGAAACCAAAGUGAACAAGAGAAACCCCAUCAAAAUAUUCUACCUUCACUAAGUACAAAAAUGUGUCAAAAAGUGAUCAGGACAGAGGAAAAUGUAUGCAGCAGCACCAGGACAAAAGGCAGUGCUCAACGAUGGAGUCAUGCUGUUUUGAAAGAUUUCAACAGCUGGAAUGAUUCAGGAGAUUUGGGAUUUAGUUCUUCAACUAAAAACACAAAUUUAAAUGAUCAAAAAAGACAAAGUCAAGAAUCACAGUUUAAAAUGGGAAGCCUUUUAGAUUUCUCUUCUUCAAAUAGUAAAUCAAAUGGCAACAAUAUGCCUACAGCCAUUAUAAUGCCUCAAGCAGAUACAACUGCAUCUAGAGCUUCUUCAGCCAAGUUUCACUAUCUGAAACAAUCCAGGUAUCUACCAGGAAUAAAUGCCAAGAGCACCCCACUUGCCAAUGCAGGUAAAGAUUUCAGUGCACAUAGUCCCUGGGCCAAUUCUAAUCUUUCCAGUAAACCUUUAGGAGUGGUUGGAGGAACUCUUCCCAUUAGCUGUACCAAUGCAGUUUAUGCAACUGGCACUGAUACCUCUGGGGGAUACACAUCGUUUCUUAAGAAAGAAGUUGGAUCUGCUGGCCAAAGAGUACAGUUGGCACCAGUAGUGGAAACUGAUUCUAAUUAUGCAACUUGGAAAUCCAGCCGAUCACAGUUGGGAUGUCAGCCAUAUAAUUCUUCAAGCAAGAGCAUCAGUGGGUUAAUGCCCCGUCCGCCUGCAGUCCAUCCAAUACAUGGGCGAAUUGACUGGUCUUCCAAAUAUGGAGGACACAGAUAAAAAAAAUAGAUGUAAAUAACAUUCAGCUGCAGCUCAGUGGUAUUGGUUUCUUAAUAUAAUUUGAAUAUCGCAAUUUUUCUGAUUGAAAGUUGCUGUUGGGGUUGGUUAGCUUAGUUUUCAUUAACAGUUGGUGCUUUUCCUCACCUCUGGAGAAAAAUAUUUUUGCAAGAGCUUUUCUGAAAAUUUGCCAGUUAGUAGUAAUUUAAUUUUUUUACACUUUUUUCUACUUCUGUAUAUAUUGUGCAAUGUAUAUAACAAGUUAUCAGGGUUUUUUAUAUGUGUGUGUGUGUAAAUAAUGUAUUAAGUAUUUUGUUAAAGGACAAGUAGACCUGUGCAGAUCUUUUUGCAUAUGAAAACUAGCAUUUAAAGAAUAUACUCUGACAUGUAGGCGCACUAAAAGUGAGUCAUUGAAAUUUGCCUAUGGCAUUUGAGUAGGGAGGCAUUUAUUUUUGUAAAUUUUUUUUCUGGGCAGGGAUGAAAAUUUAUUACCAAGUGUGAAGAAUACUUAUUUUUGUAGCAGACUCAUUAAGUAGCCUUCAUUUAAGGAAUGAGCAGAGAAAAAUAUUCAUUUCCUUUGUGUUUUAUCACAUCACUCACUUGGGAAUAGACUGUAGUUCGGCUCCCAGGAUCCUUUCGAUACUCCUUAUAAACUGGCUAUAAAGAAAUUGCCCAGUGGCGUCUUUCUCUUGUGCUACAAGAGAUACAGCAAAUCUGUCACUUGGAAACUUCUGACCACAAAUGUGUAUCUGCCACUAAAUGACACAAGCAUAUUGGCAUUCCAGUGUUCUAUACCACUUUCCAUUGCUGUUCGUUCCUUCCCCAAGUAAUUUUCACCUAGCAUUGAGCAUACAUUAUAGAGAAUUACUUUAAGAAGUAUUAGCCUUGGAUUGUGAUGUACAAGUCGGCCAUUGAAACUUCAAAAAUACUUCCAAAAACAGGGGUCAACAAAGAUGCUGAGUAUAAAUUUGAACAGGUGGUUCCAUUUGUAAUUUUCAGUCGUCACGUGCAGUCUGAUCUGUGUGAGCAUGAAUAAAACUUCCAUGUAUCUUCUUGGCAAUGUGGCCUGUGCCACCUGCUUGCUCCCAUAUGCUGCCUUAUAAGGCGAGUAUAACCCUAAACAUGUAUUUCUGAACUGAAAAAUUGAAGCUAGCUCCUAAUGCAAUUAUAGCCCUAAACAUUUAUUAGUGGAAAAAUUGGGUUCUACUUUUAGGCCAAGUUUAGGCCUUCGCAUGCAUUUUAGUGCUGAAAAAAUGGGAUUGUCUUAUAUUUCAGGUUUUCUUGCAUGCCACGAUCUGUGGUACAUAUGAUGUUCAAAGGCAAUGCCAUGUUUGUGUUGAGCAAUAAUGGAUAUGCAGACAUACUGUCUGGACUAAAUUUUUUUAGGUUGUGCAACUAAAGGACCGAAGCAAACAGCAAGUGCAUCAGUAUUCUGUUUGUAUUUACCUAGCAAGACAGACAAACUCAUAAACUGCACUCUUAAGAUUUUAGUUGCACUUUCUAUAAAACUCCAAUAUAUUUUGUUCACAUUUUCUUCCUUGGAGGCUCCUGGAAUGUGCUCACACUUGACUUAAAGAUGACCAUUUUCAAUGUUGUGACUAGCCACAAUUUCUUUACUUCCCCUUUUCCACUUAAAUAACUUGCAUCUUCUGCCUAUUUAAUGCUGGAAAAAAAAUGGCCUUUCCAUAGAUUUGGGUAAAAAUUAAGUGCAAAGGCCAGUCAACAUUGGGACUAGAGCUUGUGUUUUCUGGCCUGUAGUGUAACAUCAGUUCCAGUGUUCAAAUAAAGUAUUAUUGGAUGGCCUCCACUGCAUUUUAUUUGUGGAGAGUUUUGAGACUGCAUUUUUCCCGAGCUCUUCCAUUACACAAUUUUUGUUUAACUUCCAGUUAUCUGUUUGUCUGUGUUUGGAAUCCUCUUUUUUUUUUGCAGUUUUUGGGAAGUCCUUCCACUAAUUUAAGAAAAAAGUGAUGCUUCUGAAGCAUACUCAUAUGUGUUCCAUCAAUCUUUUCAAAUCCAUUUUAACCUGUAACAUCUGAUGAAUUGUGCUAUAGUAGUGCAAUCAAAAUGCAUUAAAGCAAUGCAGGAAAUUGCAUAUAUGUUAAAUGAGUUUUAAUUGUGCUCAAUAUUGUCAAUUUUUAUAGCUUUAAUAUAGUUCAAAAUUAAUCAAAUUUUCUAUAAUACUGUACUGCUAAUUUCAAAGAUUUUCUCUUAUAAUAAAAUUGUUCCUUCGAUCUACCCACAUACCAUAUUUGCACAACAUUAAAAUUUAGAUUUAACUGCU